AGGUGGCUGGGGAGCCAGCGGUGCUUUCCUGGAACACAACCUCCGUUUGACACUCUCUGCUUAAGCACUGCCCAUCUGUAUGUUAUUGAGCUGGAGCCUCUGGGGAAAAGAGGAGCCACAGGCACAGAGAGUGAACGAGAGAGGGAGGCAGCAAAAGCGCUUUUCUUCCCUUGCUUUUUUUUUUUUUUUUUUUUUUUUUUCACCCUUUUAAAUAAGGAUCUGGUUAGACUGCCUUGAAGUGCCACAUCUGGAAACUGAACGCUGAAAGAAAGUUAAAAUAACUGAGGCACCACUAAGCCAAGGGGGGCUGAUUGCAGAAGAGGGUAAACAAUUACUAAGACGCUAGAAGACCACUGCUGGAUGUAAGGGGAGGAAAUGGCUUUGAUCUCCGCCUGGCCCCUGGUUUUUCCUAUAUUAUUCUUUUCGAGAUGCUUCUUCUCCAGCACAGCCUCGAGCUCAGGAAGCGUCUUUCUGUUUGACAUUGAAGGUAGCUCAGCGGUCAGCACGCAAGAAGCUACUGUUAUCAGAGGGCAGCAGCAGUCAGUAGCUACUGGAAGUUGGGUGCCUUUUGCCGAGGGAUGCCAAGAAGGAUUUUACCGUACCAGCUCAGGAAAAUGCUCUCCUUGCAACUGUAAUGGUAACGCAAACAGAUGCCUUGAUGGAUCUGGAAUCUGUGUGGACUGCCAGAGAAACACAACAGGGGAACACUGUGAGCAGUGUCCAGACGGCUUUGUUGGUGACGUUGUUGGAGGAGCACCCACAUUCUGCCAGCCUUGCCCCUGCCCCCUGCCAGAAGCUGCCAACUUUGCAGUCUCCUGUUACCGAAAAAAUGGAAAUGUGCGUUGUGUCUGUAAGGAAAAUUAUGCAGGACCGAACUGUGAAAGGUGUGCCCCUGGUUACUACGGGAAUCCUCUGCUAAUCGGAAGCACUUGUAAAAGAUGUGACUGCAGUGGCAACUCAGACCCAAACCUGAUUUUUGAAGACUGCGAUGAAGUGACCGGCCAGUGUCGCAACUGCCUGCACCACACCACGGGCUUCAAGUGUGAGCGAUGUGCUCCAGGUUACUACGGGGACGCUGUAUUCGCUAAAAAUUGCACAGCAUGUAACUGCGGUGGGAGAAUGUGUGACAGCCAGACUGGAGAAUGCCUCGCAGACAGUCCUGUAGUUUCUACUGGCACAGACUGCCCAACCAUCAGCUGCGAUAAAUGUAUUUGGGAUUUGACAGAUGACAUCCGGUUAGCAGUGCUGGCUAUUGAUGAAAGCAAAUCAACUUUAUUGAGCAUCUCUACAGGUGUUGCAGCUCAGAAACGUUUGAAUGACCUGAACCUCACUACUACCCAUCUCCAGGCAGCAAUGUCGAAAAAAAAGGACCACUCCACACUUUGGACCAUCGAGGUCGAUGAUGCUGUGGAUGACAUGAAUGAUCUCCUGAGAGAGGCAGAAAACCUGGAUGACCAGGGAAAUGAAGCUUCCAGCAAGGGUCUACUGGUACAGAAGGAAACCAUGGAGACCAACAGUCGUGCUACUCAGCUCGUGCAGAAGCUUAGUAAUAUGAGGGAUAAUAUUCAAGAAAUCAGCAGCAAGAUGAAAUACUAUGCGAUUCAACAAGAGCUAAGCUCUGAAGAAAUUGCCCAGAAGCUGAGUGUGGCUGAGGAGAUGCUGAAGGAGAUCAAACGCCGUAAGCCUUUCACAAAUGAGAGGCAACUUGCAGAUGAAGAGGAACAUGCUGCAGAGGACUUGUUACAGCGAGUUGAAGAGUUUCAUGAGAGGUACAAUGACACCAGAUCUCUGGUUUCUGAUGUGGUGGAGCAGCUCAGUGAACACAAUAUGAAGCUGUCAGACCUGGAGGAGGCAUUAGGCCAGGCACUUGACUAUGUUACACAAACAGAGGCAAUAAAUAAGGAAAACACAGCCAAUCUUCAAGAACAUGAGAAACAACAUGAGAAAUUAAAAGAGCAAGCAGAUGAAGUGAACAGUAUUGUGUUAAGUGCCACAGCUAUUCUGGCAGAACCACAAAAAAUCAGCUCAGAGUUAAGUGAGGUAAUAAAGAAUGUGUCAGGGUUCUACGCAGAAAUAGAUGGAGCAAAAAAGGAAUUGCAAGAAAAAAUAGCCAAUCUGUCUCUGUUCGAUGCUGAGCUGGAAGAAAAGGCUAUGCAGCAUGCACAUAACCUAAGAAGACUUGCUGAUGAGUUGGACCGGAAUUUACAUGGUGUUGAUACAAAUGGAUUGGUACAAAGGGCAAUAAAUGCUUCAAAUGUAUAUGAAAAUAUUGCUGGUUAUAUUGAAGAAGCUAAUAAAGCUGCUUUACUGGCACUGAACACAACAAACCGGGUCAAUGAUGCUGCAGUUGGAAUUGAUACUCAGAUCACUUACCAUAGAGGUAAAAGUGAAGAACUUGUCAGCCGAGCCAUGCAGCUACAACAGACAGCAGCUUACAGUAAUGAUUUAACCAUUGCAGACACCAGCCGUCAUGUCAAUGGCACUGUGGCACGAAUGCAUGCUGUGCAAAGCAAACUGAUGAGAGCCAUCACAAAAAUGCAAUCAGCAGAACUAGGUUUGGAGGCCAGACAGCGCUUGGAGCAAGCUAAACAGAAGACUGCAGAGGCUGUUAGCACUACUGUGACAGUAACACAGGCUACAACUCCCAUGGAUGAGAAUGUGAGGUUGUGGUCUCAGAACCUGCAAAACUUCCAGCACGAUUCAGCUGCAUACGACAGCGCUGUGCACUCAGCUGGAGAUGCAGUGAAGAAGCUUACGGAAGUCUUCCCUCAACUCCUGGAUAAACUGCGCAAAGUAGAACAGAAGGCACCAGCAAACAAUAUUUCUUCCAGCAUUCAGCGGAUUAGAGACUUGAUUGCCCAAACCAGGAGUGUGGCGAGCAAGGUCCAGGUUUCUAUGAUGUUUGGAGGCGAAUCAGCUGUUGAAGUCAAUCCAAAGAUCAACGUGGAGGAACUGAAGUCUUUCACUUCCAUGAGCUUGUAUAUAAAGCUUCAGAAAGACAACCCACAACUGGCAGCAUCUCCAGACAGAUUCAUUUUGUACCUUGGAAACAAAAAUGUUAAAAAUUACAUGGGACUGGCAAUUAAAAAUGACAACCUUGUCUACAUUUAUAACCUGGGAGACCAAGAUGUGGAAAUACCUCUGGACUCCAAGCCAGUCAGCACCUGGCCUUCUUACUUCAGCAUCAUCAAAAUUGAAAGGAUUGGAAGACAUGGCAAAAUGUUUCUAACUAUACCAAGUCUUAGCAGCACAUCAGAAGAAAAAUUCAUCAAAACAGGAGAGACUCUUGGUCCUAGCUCUCUCCUGAAUUUGGAACCUGAAAAUACUGUUUUCUACGUUGGUGGAGCACCUCCAGACUUCAAGCUCCCUCCCAGCUUAGACUUGCCUGGCUUCAUCGGCUGCCUGGAACUGGCUACCCUGAACGACGAUGUGAUCAGCCUGUACAACUUCAAGCACGCCUACAACAUCGACACCGCCACAUCGCCACCUUGUGCCAGAAAUAAGUUGGCUUUCACUCAGAGUCGAGCUGUGAGUUAUUUCUUUGAUGGUUCUGGCUAUGCCGUGGCAAGAAAUAUUGAGAGGAGGGGAAGAUUCAGCCAGGUGACACGGUUUGACAUAGAAGUUCGAACACCUACAGACAAUGGAUUGAUCCUGCUGAUGGUUAAUGGAAGUAUGUUCUUCAGUCUAGAGAUGCACAAUGGAUUCCUGUACCUCCGCUAUGACUUUGGCUUCAGCACCGGCCCAGUGCUGCUAGAGGACUCCAUGAAGAAGGCUCAGAUUAAUGAUGCUAAAUUUCAUGAGAUUUCUAUAAUAUAUCAUAAUUCUAAGAAGAUGAUCUUGGUAGUAGACAGACGACAUAUAAAAAGCGUUGACAAUGAAAGAACAGCAAUGCCAUUCACAGACAUCUACAUUGGAGGAGCACCUGCUGAGAUCUUACAGUCCAGCAUUAGUUCACAUCUGGCAGGAAUUAUUGGCUUUAAAGGCUGCAUGAAGGGUUUUCAGUUCCAAAAGAAGGAUUUCAACUUGCUGGAAGAACCAGGAACCCUGGGAAUCAGUUACGGGUGCCCUGAGGAUUCACUGAUAUCUCGCAAAGCAUAUUUCAAUGGAGAGAGCUUCAUUGCAUCAAGCCAAAAAGUAUCCCUCUUAAGUGAAUUUGAAGGAGGCUUUAAUUUCCGGACAUUGCAGCCCAAUGGGCUGCUGUUCUACUAUUCUGAAGGAUCAGAUGUAUUAUCCAUCUCCAUGGACAGAGGUGCUGUUGUUUUAAAUGCAAGUGGAAUCAAAAUUCAAUCACCAGACAGAAAUUACAACGAUGGAAAAACUCACUUUAUCAUUACUUCUCUCACACCAGAAAGAUAUGAGCUGAGUGUUGAUGACAAGAAACAAAGCAAGAAGAAUCCAGUGAAGGACAAAGCAGGGAAAAGCCCUGACAGCAUCAAGAAGUUCUAUUUUGGUGGCUCUCCCCUCAAAACACAGCAAGCUAACUUCACUGGGUGCAUAAGCAAUGCAUACUUCACUAGAUUGGAUCGGGAGGUUGAAGUGGAAGAUUUCCAGCGGUACUCAGAGAAAGUUCAGACUUCCUUUUAUGGAUGCCCUGUUGAAUCCCCACCAGUUGCUCUGCUUCAUAAGAAAGGAAGAAACUCAUCAAAAGCCAAAGGAAACCGUAAUAAAAAGGUGGGAAGAGAUAAGGACAAGGUCUCACAGCCUUCAACUGGCCUCAAAAAACUGUAUCAAGAAGUGAAUAUGCAAAAAGACCCUCAAUGCCACUUGCCUAUGAAUCCCAAGGCAACUGAACAUGCAUACCAGUUUGGAGGUACAGCAAACAGUCGGCAAGAAUUUGAUCACAUACCAAAGGAUUUCAGUGAAAGAGCUCAGUUCUCUAUCAGUCUGAAGACUCACUCGUCUCACGGAAUGAUCUUCUAUGUCUCAGACCAAAAGGAGACCAACUUCAUGACCCUUUUUGUUGCUCACGGACGACUCAUUUUUAUGUUUAAUGCUGGUCAUCAGAAGAUAAGGAUUAAGAGCCAAGAGAAAUACAAUGAUGGCCUUUGGCACAAUGUGAUAUUUAUUAGAGGGAAAAAUAUUGGUCGCUUGAUAAUUGAUGGUCUCCGAGUACUAGAAGAACCUUUCACUGGUAAUGCUAAUACCUGGCAAGUCACUGAACCACUGUAUAUCGGGGGUGUAGCUCCAGGAAAAGCUGUGAAAAAUAUCCAGAUUAAUUCAGUCUACAGUUUUAGUGGCUGUCUCAGCAAUUUACAGCUCAAUGGAAGAUCAAUCACUUCAGCUUCACAAACGUUUAGUGUAACACCUUGCUUUGAAGGCCCAUCAGAAGCAGGAACGUACUUUUCAUCAGAAGGAGGAUACGUCGUCCUUGACGAAUCCUUCAGUCUAGGUCUGAAAUUUGAAGUUGUUUUUGAAAUACGUCCCCGAAGUAGCUCAGGAAUCUUACUGCAUGGCCACAGCGUGAAUGGAGAGUACCUGAAUAUGCACAUGAGAAAUGGACAGGUUACUGUGAAACUGAAUAAUGGAAUCAGGGAUUUUUCAACUUCAGUGACACUGAAACAGAGUCUCUGCGAUGGCAGGUGGCACCGAAUUGCAGUUAUUAGAGAUGCUAACGUGGUGCAGCUGGAUGUAGACUCAGAAGUCAACCACGUAGUAGGGCCACUAAACCCAAAGGCAACUGACCACAGAGAGCCAGUGUUUAUUGGAGGUGUACCAGAGUCUCUGCUAACAUCCAGCCUGACUACACGCAACUCCUUCGUUGGCUGCAUUCGUAAUUUCAUGAUUGAUGAAAAAACAGUGAGUUUUAGUAAAGCAGCCUUGGUCAGCGGUGCUGUAAGCAUCAAUACGUGUCCUGCAGCCUGACAGCACGCUGCAUCAAUCCUGUGAAGUGUCUUAGACCACAAGAAGGAAUUAUAGAGCAAAAGAAACCAUGUUCUAUUCAUCACCAAUGCUGAGAAAAAUAUGAAAACAUCAAGGAUCAAUUUACAAAAAUCACUUCUAAUAUUUCUGCGCGAAACAAAAAUCACUGAAGAAUAAAGAGCUGUUGCUUCUGCAGUUCUCUUAUUAUGCCACAAGAGUGAGCUUUACCAUUUCUUAUACUAUAUGUGCAGCCAAUCUGCUACAUGAAAAUGUGGAAUUAUAAAAGAAAUAAAAUUAUACUAAAAAUGUUUCUUCCAAAAUAAACCCUGUACAUCAUUUUGUUCCGUAUCUUGGGUCCCAACUUGUUUCCCAGGAAAAGAUCUGCUACUGCAUAUUAAAGAAUAAAGCCAAUUAAUAGACAUACAUUGCAAAUAACUGUGUUCAAGGAUUUAUUUCAUAAUUUUCUAUUCAACUCAUUAAGUAUUCCUCAUUUAUAUUGGCAGCAGAGAGUAUGCUUAAUUAUGUAAGCUAAUAAACAGUGAAAGAUUAUAAUGUUUUUAUCCCACUUCUAGAUUUUUGGAGUGUUCUAGCAGAGUGUGGAGAAAGGAGGUGUAUUAUUUAGAAUAGAUACAGAACUGACCUCUUUCUAAGUCAGUAAUUUUAGAAUUAUACUUGACUCAUGGAGGAAGGGAGGGGAGAGAGAAAAUUCGGAAUUUCAAGCUUUUUCUCUACAGUGUUAAAUAUACUUACUCACUUAUUUGCACUAGCAUAACAUAAGUAAGCACAAAGUAUAGAAAGGAGAAUCAUAGUCACUGUUUCAGACAAAUCCUUAUCUCAUAAAUUGUCACUUCCUUGUGAAAAUACUGCAAGACUCCAGUUUACAGAACUAGUCUUCAAACUAGACAGACAUUCCUACAGAACGUGCCCUGAAAGACAGACUGCUGAGGAGGAACUGGGAGUGAAAAAGGAAGAUGCAAACAGGAGGCAAAGGGCUGCAGAUGUGAGCUGUGUGAGCCUGUGUCUUCAUAGAAGGUGAAUGAAAGUAAAACUGUAGGCCUUUGCAGUAUGUUUUAACAUCAAAUACACAUAAAUCCCCUGCAAAACUUGGUCUCUUCUGUGAUAAGCUAUAAGACAUCAAAGACAUUUUGAUAUAUUUUCUUUGAAGAAAGAACUACUGUUGUCAGCAACUUUUAUAAUGAUUGGGCAAAUUACUGGUGGAACCAACUCAAAAUUUGGCCAGUUGCAGAGUAGGGAAAGUAGUAAAAAGAAAAAAGCAUAAAGGACACCACCACCCAAACUAAAAAUGUAAAGGAACUCAUCUGGAAAACACAGAAGAGACAACCGUCUCCAGCAGUCUUGAAGUGAUGGACAGUUGGAAGAACCACUCCAAGAAGAUACCACUCAGUACCUUCUUCACUUUCAGUAGGAAAAGGAUUUCAACAGACUGAAGUGUUCUUGGCUCACUGUGGGUGAGGAACAACAAGCUCUGGAUAGACUGGCACAUGGACUGCUUGGCAGGUGGGAUGGCAUCUCUGCCUCUCUGCUUGUCUUUAGAGCCCACUGUUAUCAGACAAUUACAGUGGUGAGUGAACAAGGGAAGACAGCAUGACUCCAGCAACCACAGCCUUUCUUUUCACCAGUCUUGUCAGUUUGCACAUGCUUUCAGCCCCAUGUGUUCUCCUGGACAAAUCUCCCAUUCCACUCCCUGCAACUAUAAGCCAGAACACUCCAAUGGCUUCUAUUCUGGCAAUGAUGCUGAGCCCUCUCUCUUCAUCACUCCAAAGCCCACUGUUCAUCAUUCAGAAGGAAGCAAUGAGUCCCACUCUUUACCAAGCACACUGUGGGGUCCCCAAAUCCAGCUGCCUUCAAAUGUAUUUUUCUGAGAUAUCAAAAAUAAUAUGGCUACUCAACCAUUUCCUGCUCCCUGCCACUACGUAGAAUGCAAGUAGAAAACUUUUAGGGGUUCCGUACUGAGAUCUUAUUUUGGGGGUUGGAGUAAAGUUCUCAGAUUAGUGAGCUGGUCUCCCAGUUGGUACCAGUUGGUACAGUGUCAAGGCUGUGCAAACUGGCACCAGGAGUAAGAAGGGAAUCAGAAGUCUCUCUCUAUUCACUGGCAGACAGUUGACAGAUUGCCCUAAUCUGUCUCAAGAUGCCACAGCUUCAGCUAAACUUCCUCUGGCCCCGGUCUCCAGAAUGCUAUUGCUGGAGAGAAAAGGACAGCAGAUUCCCAGUUUAGAUAGAUUUUUUACAAGGAUUACUGAAAUUCUUUUCAAGGUUGUCUGCAGCUGCUAAGCAGAGAUAGCCAAGAAUAGCAUAUGCUGCCCCCUAAGAGCAUCACAGUUUACUGAGUGCUAGCAUUAACUGGAGCAUUACAUGUUAACUGGUACAUGUACUCAGAAAAAUUGUCCAUCUUAGAUCUACAUCAACAUAAAGCUUUUUCUCUCAUAUCCAUACCCAAGCUCUGGGAAUAAACAGUAUUUUUCUUAAGACAUAUUUGCUGCAAUUAGAUUUAGUUUCAUUCAGUAGUUUUAUAUAUUAAAAAAAAAUAAAUAAAAUGAUUUUUCUGAUUAA